AUGGUAACCAGGCCUCCAGCUCCAUGGAUGAAGGACUUAAGUAUAAGGUCCUUGCAGUCGCAGCGAGAUGUGUAUCGUUGUAAUGCUCACCAUACUGGUUCGGAAAGCGAUUGGCAAAUAUUUAGAAAAGUGAGGAAUCAGUUAAUAAAAGUCAUUAAAGAAACCAGGAAAUUAUUUUAUUAUAAUGCCUGUCCUCUAAAAGACCUAUCUACUAUUCAUCGAAUCUUACAACCUAACCCACGACCAAUCGACCCAGACCCCGAGAAGCUGAAUAACCAUUUUGCAAACAUAGCCGAGCGAUUGACUGGUAGAGAGAGUAAAUCAUAUGAGGAACUUAACCAAAUAAUAAAUAAUAUGCCUUGUGUCACUGGUGAUGAGUUUCAGCUUCGAAAUGUGACAUAUAGUGAGGUGAAAAUGGAACUAUUGCGAAUUAGGAAAGACUGUUCAUCCGGAUAUGAUAAUAUCCCUAUGAGAUUGAUACAACCAGUGAUAGAAGAUACUGUUUCGCCUUUGACGCAUAUUAUUAACUCCUGUAUAAAGAAUAAUAUAUUCCCCCAAACUUGGAAAGUGUCUCGUAUAAGUCCUAUCCAAAAACAGAUAAUCCUUCUGAAAAUAACGACUAUCGUCCUGUGGCUAUUUUGCCUAUACUGUCAAAAGUUUACGAAAGCUUGGUACUACGACAAAUGCAAGAAUUUAUUGACAGGUUUUGCUUGUAUAUGGAUACUCAGUCAGGAUUUAGAAAAGGCCACUCUACUGCAACUACAUUGUUAAAUUUAAAGAUGACAUUACAAAAGCUAUGAAAAAAGGCGAAAUAACCUUGGCCAUAUUUGCGGAUUACUCCAAAGCAUUCGACACGGUUGACUUUGAAAUACUUAUUAGCAAAUUGUAUAAGUUGAACUUUUCCAAGUCAUUCCUACACUGGUUGGUAAGUUAUUUGACAAACAGACAGCAAUACGUGCAAGUGAAUGAUAAAUCUUCCACUAAAAUCACCACAACGUUUGGUGUGCCACAGGGAUCUAUUUUGGGUCCAGUACUCUUCAACUUGUACGUCGCCGAUAUGGCAACGUAAUAUCAAUACACAAGAAAGCUGUCUACAAUAUGCUGAUGAUUCAACUUUCUAUCAGCACUGCAAGGUCAAUGACAUAGCUGCCUGUAAAUCAAAUCUAGAAGAGUCAUUGUCAAACAGCAAUUGGUCUACACGUACUAAUUUAUUUUUAAUGAAUCUAAAACCAAAAUGAUGAUGUUUGCCACACAACAAAUGGCAGAUACCACAAUCUAGAUAGAGAAAAUGAGGUUGAAAUAACGGUAAAUAGCAAACUCAUUGAAAGAGUUUCAUCUUGGAAAGUACUUGGAAUGCUUUUCCAGCAGAACCUGCUGUGGAACAAUCGCAUCACAGAGCUAACUUCGUCCUGCUAUGGUGUCUUAGCUGUUUUGAGGAAAUUAAAGCGGUUUACGCCAUUUCAUAUCAGGAAACAACUCGCGGAGGCUUUGGUACUUUCCAAAUUGGAUUAUUGUAAUGUUUUAUAUACAAUGCUUUGCCAACCUAUCUUAUAAAAAGGUUACAGAGAGUACAAAAUGCGGCGGCAGGUUUUGUGCAAGGUCGAUAUGCAAAUACGGAAAAUGUAUUGGAUAUAAAAUGGUUGCCGGUAAAGGAAAGAAUUGAACUUGAACUUAGUAUAGCAAAAUUUACUUUUAAAUCUCUACAUUUUGACAAUUGGCCAUCGUAUUUAUCAGUCCAUGUGAAGCAUCACGGAAGGGUAUUACGUAGUAGUAAUAAUGGCAGGAUGUUUAGAUGAUUAGAACAAAUAAUACAUUUGAACAUUCUGCAGCUACCAUAUUUAACAGUCUACCACAAGAAGUUAGGGACAACUCAUUUUAUCGUAGUUACGUUAAGGAAGUAAAAACUGUGCUCACGGAAAGGGCGCGUACUCGUAUUUUAAAUUAAAUUUUUCAAUACUUAGGAUAAUUGUAACUGUUGACAUUUAUUGUAUAGAUAUAUAUUAUAGAGUGUUAAUAGUUGGAUGAAUAGCCAUGUAAUGUGGAAAUGCCUUAUUAAACCAUUAUUAUUAUUAUUAUAUAUUGGGAGGGGAGGCAUUUGGUCCUGCAGGCUCCACCCAGGUGAUUUCCCCCUCAAUACUACAUUUGUAUUAAAUACUAUACGAUUGCUAAUUUUACUUUUGUUAGGUUCAAAAUUACCAAACUGUACCAAUGCUGAUCCCAAAGACUACUGUCUUGGUAUGUGUUUCAACAUAUAUAAUUACCUUUUUGUAAUUGUGUUUUUAUCUAAACUAUGUAUACGGCAAACGUCUCAAUUCGUAAAAGUAUGAUAUUUAUUAGACCGUUGCCUUUUCCCGUUUUAUUCUCCUCUUACUCAGGUACGUACACUCAUAAUUCAUUAAGUUCGAUCUAAUCCCAAUGUUAUAUAUGCAGUUAGAAGGACAGACUGGUGGUUAGAAAUGUUUCAAUUCAUAAAUUACAGCAUGUAAAAUAAGUGUUUCCGGUUUUUCGAUCUACGUAGCUUAAGCUUUUGGCCACUGAAAUCACCGAACCAAAUCUUUUAUCCGAAGUUUUCAAACAGCUUGGAGCAAUUUUUCGUAUAUUACCCAGUCCGUGGCAUAACCUGUUAGCAUAUCAGGUAAAGUAUAACCUAACAAGCUUUCGUUGGUAGGUAUGCAACUCAGCAACUACCUGAAAAAUAUAAGAUAAUUUCGACGUUUAGAGCGACGACCCUAACUCCAGACGAAGGGCCUUCGCUUGAAACGUCGAAAUUCUUCUUAUAUUUUUCAGGUAGUUGCAUCCAUACCAACGAAAGCUUGUUUAUUUGACUGGCACUACACUGGCACAGAAAGUUAAAGUAUAACCUGUUUGUUUCAAAGUUGAUUUAACGAAUGUUUGUGCAUGCCAUCAUUUUAUAAAAAAAUUACAAAAAAAUAAAACCCGACAUACCCUACCCAAGUGUUUGCAACAAGAAAUAGGAAACCCAGGUAUUUUUGUUUUUGCCCCAGACUGGUAACUUUUUUCUGUUUCAAAAACUAUAGUUUGUUUUUAUAUUUGUUUUGAAGAAAAUCGACCACCUUAUAUCAGCAUGCCUGAGCAAUACUACGCCUUUGAAAACAGCGUAUUUCAACUGGAGUUUAAUGCAACCGAUCCCGAAGGUUAUCCGAUACAGUAUCGCAGUUAUCUUCGCAAUAAAACCGUAAGCAGUGUUUUAGUUGAUCGCAAACGUAUUAAAAUUUCCGUGAAGAAAUCCGGGAGAGUUUCGUUGAAAGUUAGAGACUAUGGAGGCCUUGCGUACAUUCAUACUAUCAAAGUCGUUACCAUAUCUUGCCGUUGCAAAAAUGGAG